UCUACGUAAUAAUAUGGCGAAAGCUUAGUGAGGAGGAUGUACACGUCGCCAAGCAGGAUGUUUAAGAUGGCUGCGAAUUGUAUGUUUAUAUCUGUAGUGUACAUGCAACACCGAAGAAUGAUUUUCUUUUUGGUAUUUUAAUAAGUUAUUGGCACAUGAUUUGCAACAUUACAGAAUUCAUCAGAAGCAGAGUUGAUGUGAAGUCAUCAAGAAUUUUACUGGGAUUUUGUUGUAUAUUGUCUCAAAAGACUCAGCCAUGCAGCCACCUCCUCAGACUGUACCACUAGCAGCUGGUGGGCCUCCUCCAGGGGUAGGUACGCCAAAUAUGUUUCGUCGAAAGAAUCCUUACCAGAGACAAGGAAAUGUUCCAGCGUCUGGUAUAGCUACUUCAGUGCAGCCAGUGACUGAUCCUUUUGCACUGGGCAAACAGACUUCACAAAAUGCAUCAGGUAGCCCAAAUGCACAGGGUUUACCACCUCCAGGUUUUUCCCAGCAUGCUGCAGUACCAGCACACGAUAGUAAUGCUCAUGGUUUACAUGGACCUUUUCCAGGACCACCUAAUGUAGUACAGCCACUAGUUAGUUCCUCUGUUGCUUGUUCCACACCAGCUUCAUCAUUAGCAUAUUCUGGUAGCAGCAGUUUUAUACCGGCCUCUAGUGGAACUGAACCUGGAAGUCAUACUGGAUUUUUUCCUUCUGGAACUUCUCAGAGGUCACCUCAUGUAGCCACAGAUAUAAACAAAGAACAGCCUAAUGUCACUAGUUAUGUACCACCUACUUCAUCCCAUUUUCUUCCACAUAAUGUAAAUAUGCCAUCAAGUUAUUUUGGUCCUGCUCAGAUCAUUCGACCACCUUCAAGUAGUGGCAGUUUUUCAGCAUCUCUUGGAACUGAAUCUGGAAUUCACAAUUUUCCUGUUCCUUCUGUGGCUUUCCAAAGUGUAAAUCCCCCCCAGAACAUACCUCCAAGUGGCAGAAGUGUGAAGAAAGAGCAGCCCAGUAUCCCUAACUAUUUACAUACUGCUUCAUCUCAGUUCCCACCUCAGAAUUUACGUAUGCCAGUUGAUCCGACAAAAUCUCCUCAGAACUACCAACCUUGUUCAAGUAAUAGCAGUUUUCCAGCAGCUAAUGUAACUAAGCCUCCCCCUACUCCUUCUGGUGCUACUAAAAGUAGCAAUCCCAUCCAAAACAGACCUCAUAGUGGGAUAGGUAUGACCAGAGACCAAACUGUUCACAGCUAUGUACAGAAUGAUUAUUCUCUGUUUCCACAACAGAACUUAAAUGUACAACUAGGUAAUCUGGGUAAUACUCAGGAUGGUCAGCCACAUCCAGUGCAUAGUUUAUCUCAAGUUACUGAGGCACAUGUUCAGAAUAUGAAUUCUAUUGCUUUGCAGACGACUACUUGUGCUUCUACCGGACUGCAGUUCUCCUCUCAGCAGGUUUCUGCACAACCAGUAUUUCAAAAUGUCCAUCAGCCAAAUAAGCAGUUUGAUGCCUCUUUACAGUCUAAACAGGGUGUAGGAAUAAAAGGUGAAUGGUUUAAUUAUCCAUCUGAAGAACGUAACUUCCCACAGCAACAGUUACAAAACUCUAGCAUUUUAAACCUUGUCACACAGCCGGUGACAUAUGACAAUUCAUUGCAGCUUGGAAGUGAAACGUUAAAUGGCUCUCAUUCCAUGGAAUGUCAUACUGGAACUGUUGCAAUGUUUUUCAAAGGCGAUGAGGUAGAAAAUGAAGAAAUUCUUUCUUCUGAGAGGAAUGAUUGUUCUAAUUCUGCUGUUGAGACUUUUAAUCAAAGCCCUGAACAGUUUUAUAACUCCACAGCAUAUCCCCGCCAGGGUGCAUCAGAUGCUGUCUCACAGCUAUCUGCAGGCAUGCAUUUUGGUCUUGAAUCAACUCAAGUAGGGGGAGGCUGCCAAAAUGAGCUUCUUUCAAAUGUAGCUGAUCAGCGCACCACUCAAGUCAACAGUGUUGUUGAUGGCUGUUCCAAUGAUGACUCCGAGUUUAAUCAGAAUCAGGAAGUUCCUCCAAGUGAGACAAGUAAUGUCCAUUUGGAGUCUCAGCAUGCGAGACCUGAAAAUUCUAGUUCUGUACUUCAGGACAAUGCUGAAGUAGGGCCGAACUUGGAGACACCUGAUUUUAUAAGUCAUCCAUUGAGGUCAGACAGUGUUUCCUCAAACUAUAGCAACCUGAGUCACAGAAGUGUAUCAAGUUUAAAAAGGCAUAAAGAACUUCCUGGUACAUUCAUUCAGCAAGAAAGUGAAAAACCCAGUGAAGGUGUUUCAGAUAGGUUCUUCCAGCAGAUUGAUGACCAACUUGAGAACUCAAGUAGAAAAGCAUAUCUUGGUAAUUUGUCCCAGCCUGCAACACCAAGUCCUCCUAAACCAACUGGCAUAUUUCAGACAAGUGCCAAUAGCUCUUUUGAACCAGUUAGGUCCCAUGGUAUAGGUGUAAAACCAGUAGAAGUUGACCAAGCAAAGAUGGUGAUGGAACUUAAUAGAGAAGAUUAUUCUGUUCCCAGUAAUACUGUACAAAAGGUUAAUGCCACAGAUGUUUCACCUGGAAAUCUUGAACAACCACCUGACAACGUAGAAACUAUUCAUACUCAUUCACAUGCAUUAGUGUCUGCGGCAGUAUCUGAUAUUGCAAGACCUUCUUCAAGAUCCCAUUCUGCAAGAAUGAAGUGUGAAAGUCCCUUAUGGGCUCAGAAUGAGUUGCCCAAUAUAACAAGAAGUAUUGUUUUGGCUCCUGCAGCACCAUCUGUUCAUGUACCAGCUAAACACUCCAAUACAGAUAUCAUUCAGCCACCAGAAGAGGGGUCUUUCAGUCAGCAGGUCUGUUCAUUAGCCCCACUCCCCUUAUUGACAGCAAAAGAUGGAAAUACAUCAUCUGAAAAUCUCGAGAACCCUCCUAAAAUAGAAGCCAAACCUCAAGUAGGUUCAGGCUACGCCACUCUUUUGGUGACUUCUCCCACUGAAUCUUUGCAGAAUCAACCAGUUUUACUGGCUUUGCCUCCACAGAGCUUAAGUGUGUCUCAGCAAAUAAAUACUUGCGUUUCUGCAUCUCCUGCUUCAAACCAGAGUGAAAUCUAUGUGCUUUCUCAGGACCAAGGAGCCAAGGCAAACUUGGGGACAUUAAACCAGGCUUCCUUUGAUAAUAUUGCAGUUGGUGGUAGUACUGCAUCUACAAUACAGGCUAGACCUCUAGCCAGCACUGAUGGCUCUACUCAUUUGCUAAACGCGCAUUUAAUGCAAACAAACUUUACUCCAGUUUCUGUGACUAGCAGUCUGCCAGCAAGUUUGCAGCCUUUUUCUAAUCACAUGCCACUUAACUUGGCCCCAGAAAGUCGACAGAAUAUGAAGUUGGAGUCCUGUUUUUCUGUUUCUUCAUCUAAAUCUCCAGGUCAGCCUCCAAAUAUUGCAGCAGGUGCAAGAGAUAUUCCGGUAAGGCCACAGGCUGAAGAUCUCAAUAUUCCCAGUAAACCGACAAACGAGUCUGCUUUUGGGCCCCAGCUAAUUGGUGGUAGUAGUAAUGUACUGGCUGACUUUGCUGUUCUUUCCAUACCAGAAAAUCCUACUACAAAUAACCUUAAAUUUAGUAGUUAUUCUGCACAGAGUGAUUUAACAGGAGUUCCCCAGAUGCCUGUCGGCAUACAAACAUUACAGCAGGAAGCACAAAAAAGUGACAGAGGUGUGUUUUUCCAGCAGGUAACUAAAGAUGCACAGCAGUCCUUUGCAUCAUCAGUGACACAAGGAGCAAUGCCACAACCAAAUAUGCAUCUCUCAACUCAGCAGCCAGUAGCUACUCAGUCGUAUACCAACUUACCUUCCCAGCUGCAUUACCCAUUGACAGCUGCAAAUGGAUAUGUUCAAACAACUGAUCAACCAAAGGUGCCUGUUAUGAGCAGUCAUUUUACAGCAGAGCAUGGCUUGCAAAAAGAUGGUUGUCAGUCCUCUAAUGGUACUAUUUCAGUAGGUGCUACCAGUUCUCAACCAGUUGCCAUUGCUCCACAUGGCAAUACAGCACAGCAGUCUUCGAAUCAAGAUCAGCAAAGGCCUUCUCAGUCCCAGACACCUCAGCAGCUGUCUGGUCCACCAGCUCCUGGUAGUGGAUAUGGCUAUUAUGGACAGUCUUACUCAGAGACUGGAGAUGGAAGACCUCCUUAUCAAGUUCCUUACCCUCAACCAGAUCCUAGAGCAGCUCGGUAUCACCAGACUGAUGCUUAUAAGAUGUACGACCCACGGUAUGGCUGGUAUGAUAACUACCGUACAUAUCGGGAGCCUGAGCGAUAUCAGUAUCCUGAACCUGAACGCCCCAGUUCUCGAACAAGUCAACAUUCUGAUAGACCCUCUUCCAGACAGGGUAUUGCAGAAGAUGGUUAUCAGAGGAGUGGUCAAAGUGCCUAUGAAGAUAACUAUGCAGACUAUUACAGAAAUCAGUAUAAUUAUGGAGAUCCUAGUCGAUGGGACCGCUACGAUCCAGCUGCAUAUGAUUCAAGAUACAGAGACUAUAGAGCAUAUAGCCAAGCUUACUGGUAUGGUUACGAUUGGCAGGCAUACAGGAGAGAUCCGUACUACAGAGACCCGUAUAGCAUGAGCAGACAAGGCUAUGAAGACCAUUGGAGAUAUGACCCUCGUUAUGAUGCUAGUUUUGAUGAUGAAUACGAUCGUAGAAGAGACCCGUAUGGAGGGGAGGAGUUUGACCGGCGCAGUGUUCACAGUGAACAUUCUGCUCAUAGUGUGCACAGCUCACGUAGUCGUCGCAGUAGUUUCAGUUCUCGAUCUCAGCAGAGCCAAGUUUAUAGAAGUCAGAGUCAACAAGACCUAGCAGCGGGUGCAUAUGAUAUUCCAGAUGGUUCUGGCAGCCUUAAUGUGGAAUACUCUUACGAACAGUACCAAGAAAAUAUAAAUGGUGAACAGUCUCUUUCAGAUUACCAGUAUGGUUACACUGCACCAACUGUAUGGCAAAUGGAGGACCAAGUUCCUCCAAGGCCAGUCACGCCUGAGAAGUUUACAGUCCCUCAUGUUUGUGCAAAAUUUGGUCCAGGAGGUCAGCUGUUAAAGGUUCUGCCAAACUUGCCUUCGGAAGGACAACCUACCCUUGUUGAGAUACACAAUAUGGAGACCAUGUUACAGCACCUACCUGAACAAGAAGAGUUGAGAUCAUUCCAUGGGCCGCUUGUUAAGGAGGAAACUCAUAAGGCCGAUGUAAUCACUUUUGCCCAGAAGAAGGCUACCGAGUGUCUGCACAAUGAGAGUUUAAUUGAUAAAGAAUCUGCCAAACUGCUUUGGGAUGUCGUCAUACUCCUGUGUAGACAAAAUGGGACUGUGGUUGGUACAGAUGUUGCAGAACUUUUGUUGAAAGAACAUAAAUCUGUUUGGCUACCUGGGAAAUCUCCAAAUGAAGCAAACUUAAUUGAUUUCAGCAAUGAGCCUUUAGAACAUGCAGAAGAAGAAUCUGGUGCUUCCCAACUCUCUUUCCUUACUGAUUCCUUACUGAUGACUUCUGAUAAUGCUAACAAAGAAAUGGAACGUUUCAGAGAAUUGCUUCUUUUUGGUCGCAAGAAGGAUGCUUUGGAGGCUGCUAUGAAGCAUGGUAUGUGGGGACAUGCUUUAUUACUUGCUAGUAAAAUGGAUAGCCGCACUCAUGCUAGAGUAAUGACAAGAUUUGCCAACAGUCUGCCAAUUAAUGAUCCUUUGCAGACAGUUUACCAGCUGAUGUCAGGAAGAAUGCCUGCUGCAUCAACAUGUUGUGGAGAUGAGAAAUGGGGAGACUGGAGACCUCACCUGGCAAUGAUCCUCUCUAACUUGACAAACAGUUUUGAGUUGGACACAAGAACAAUAAUUACAAUGGGUGACACACUGGCCUCUAAGGGAUUGGUUGAUGCUGCUCACUUUUGUUAUCUAAUGGCUCAGGUUGGAUUUGGUGUUUUUACAAAGAAAGCAACAAAAUUGGUUCUUAUUGGUUCAAACCACAGCUUGCCAUUUUUGAAGUUUGCAACGAAUGGAGCUAUACAACGUACUGAAACAUAUGAAUAUGCACAAUCUUUAGGCAAUCAGCCCUCCUCCAUUCCCAGCUUCCAGGUGUAUAAAUUAAUUUAUGCUUGUCGAUUAGCAGAUAUGGGACUCAGUAGUCAAGCAUUUCAUUACUGUGAAGUGAUAUCAAGGACUGUGCUUAAUCAUCCUUCCUGUUAUUCACCAUUCUUUGUUAGCCAGCUGAUUGAGGUAUCUGCUCGUUUGUGUUUUUUUGAUCCUGUGCUAAAGGAGAAGCCAGAGGGGGAGUUGCACAUUGAACCUGAAUGGCUGCUACACCUUCGUCAGUUGGAUGGGCAAAUUAAAGAAGGUGUCAUAAGUUACAUUUCUGACAGAGCCACACCGAAUCAGUAUUCUUCUAGCACUCCUAGCUCUGAGUUGGACCAAAACAGCCAGUAUGAUGGUACAGCAAUGCCUAAUGAAAUGGGUCUUGGUGUUGAUAAUGCACUGACAACUACCCUGCAACCUAUUCAGGGUCCGGCGGUGACAGGAGUACAGUUGAUGCCACCAGCUCCUUUGACUGUCCCUGGUGGAACAGCUAUGGGUUCUCUUCCUCCUCAGCAGCCUUAUGACAACAGUGUUUCUUUCCCACCUGUGGGACCUCCUUAUGUGAGUCCUGUACCUACUCUUACACCACCAGCUUCAGGUUCUUUCCCGGGGUUUGGAAUGCCAUAUGAACCUGUACAAACACCAAUAUACACAACACCAUCAGUUCAGGCAGUUGGAUCACCUGUUCAUAUGAUGCCUACUUUGCCAGAGCAGCCAUUUAACAAGGAACCAGGACCUUCAGAAAGUUCUCAGAAUUCACCUACAAGGCAGUCUUUCCCUGAACAUGGGCGUAAAGAUUUCUAUGAUAAAAUGGCAGAAAUACAGGGUGGUCGAAGAUCAAGAACUACAUCCCAGUCUUCAACUCAUUUGAGCCAUGGGCGACGGUCACGGACAACAUCUGAAUCGUCAACACACUCUGCUGGAAGGGAAAGGCGCAAUUCUGCUGCCAAACAGUCUUCUCCUCCACCUAUUCAAGAGGUUCCACCAAACAAAGCAGCAAAGCCUGAAAAGGGGCCUGCAUCUAAUAAGGGUACUGGCUUUGGUAUUUUUCGAUGGCUGACUCGAAGAGCAACAACAGAAGCUCAUCUGCCAGAUGAUCGAAACAAAUCGAUUGUAUGGGAUGAAAAAAAGCAGCGCUGGAUUGAUAUUAAUGAACCAGAAGAGGAGAGCAAGCCUCCUCCUCCCCCACCAACUAGCUUUCCCAAGAUUCCUCAGCCUGUGUCUUCAGGACCUGGAAGCCUUCCCGGUAGCGGAGCACCCCCUGUGAAUGUAUAUUCAAGGAGAGAAACAGGGGUCGUUAUGUUGAUAUUCUGAAUCCUGGAACAAAACCUAAUAGUUCUGUUCCUGCUCCGUGUGAUCUUUUUGCUCCACUAGCACCAAUGUCAAUUCCUACUUUUGUUCCAAGUGCAGUUCCUGAGGAUCAGCAGCCUUUGGAAAGUACUGGAGCUGAAGUAGCACCUUCUCCCUCACAGCCUAGUUCAGAUGCCAGCACAGGGCCCCAGUUGUCCAAUCCAGCAUCACUUCCAUCUAGCUCUGAAGUUCUUGAUGGGACAGAGUCUGGAGAGCUUUCACGUUCUAGUUCAAUGAGUUCAUUAUCGCGUGAGGUUAGCCAGCAUUUAAGUCAGGUACCUAGUGACCCACCACCUCCUUUAGGACCUCCAAGUGGAGUAGUUCAGUUUUACAAUCCUGCACAAUUUGCACAACCAUCGGCGCCAACAGGAAACUCAAGAUUAGGAAGAUUUGGACAGAGAAAGUACCCUUCAAUGAAGUAGCAAGGACUUUGCCUUUAUUUUGGAGAUAUUUGCAUUUCAAGUAGUUGCACAACAAAUUAUUUAUAAUUAUUCCUAUAACCGUGUUGAUUUUCAUAAAUGAGACUUUCUUCAGUAGUCCUCAUGACUUUGAUAAUUACUAUGAAACCCUUUUAAUGUGGCUUUUCUUGAGGAGCAUUGCUGAAUAUGAAGUGACAUUUGAGAAAUUUACUUCAAAAUAACCAAAGGUAAUUUUUCAAUGUUUUGUCAGUACUUGAAUAUUACAAUGUACCAUACCUUUGGCUGCCUGCAUUUAUUUUGUAUGCAUUUUUGACAUUUUGUCAAACAUUACUGUCUUCAUCAAAAAGCUCAUACAGUGGUUCUAGCCCAUAUUUACUGAUGCAACAGCCACAUGCAGGAUUUUAAACUAAAACUGUGAGUAAAACAAGGGUUUGGCUGAAUGCGAUUUUUCAGAUGUAUGUAGUUUUAUAUCACACAUUUGUUGUAAAAGGAUGUCAAAAAGAAGCUUGGCUGUAAAAUAGUUUGCUUUACUGACUGAAUAGUGGACUCCUUGUCUUAAAAAUGUGCAAUAAAUCUAUUCGCUUUCCAGUAUAAAAGAAAAAAGAUCCCUGAUAUAAACAGCUCAAGAGUUACAAGAACCUAAAAAUUUUGCCUGAAAAGGGUAGAUGCUGGAGUAGUGUUUUAUUACUUCAUGUAUUAAAGAAACUCUCAUGUUAUGGUAAACAUCCACUCAAUUUUUUUUUAUAAGAAUGGACCACGGGAACAGGUUUGCCGCUCUAGAAAGGUUUCAGAGAAAAAUAUUUUGGGCUGUUGCUGAAGUCAUAAUACAAAUAUUUUAGAAGUGCUGUUAAGGCAGAUUCCAUAGCUCUAGUUAAUGAACUGUACAAGUUUAAAAUGUGAGAUAUGCAAACACCUUGAGCCUUCUUAGUAAAACAGAAUCUAACUCUGGUUUGCUUCACUAACCCCAGAGCAUCUGUAAUAUUUUUGUGUUAUUCAUUCUUUUGGAAAGUAGCUAAGACUUUGGCUUCUAGAUCAGCAAAGCUGCUAUCUCCAUGUAGACUGCAGAACACAUUUUAUUUCAGAAAAUCUCCUCCAUUCUGGGAGCUGCUAUUUUUCCUAUUGUGUCUAAAUAUUGAUAAUGUAAAUUCAUAAAUGAAUAAACUAUUUUGAGCUCUGGAGCACUUUCAAA